AUGGACUCACUAAUUUUAACUGGAGAUUUCAAUUUACCAUCUAUUCACUGGAAGGAAAAUACUGAUACAAACUAUUUAUUACCCGUCACAAAAAAUGGUCAUGUUGUGGAAUUUAUUGAAACAAUUUUGAAUACUGGUUUAUGCCAAAUUAAUAGAAUCUUCAACGCUAAUGAUAAGAUGUUGGAUUUACUAUUUACCACUGAACCUAUGCAAACUUCGCUACAAAGAACAAACGCUAUUACUAGUCCAGAGGAUGUAUUUCAUCCUACUAUUCACGUUGAUGUCAACCUUUCUACCUCUUUCCUUCGCAAAACACGAUUGUCUGAUAUUGAUAGUAUUUAUGCUUUUUCGAAAACUGAUUACCGAAAACUUAAUACUCUUAUAUCCGAAGUUGAUUGGCAAGAAUCACUUCCAUUAAAUGAUUUGGAUGAGUCGAUUGUUAUAUUUUAUGAUAUUCUUAAGGGUUGUAUCCAGAAAUCCGUUCCUGUUAAAUGUAAUUUCAUUGGUAAUUGGCCACCUUGGAAUAAUAACAAACUGCGCAAUUUGAAGAAUAGAAAAAAUAAACUAUAUAAAAAGUAUAAGAAAACUGGUACUGCGAUGGACUUUUCCAAAUACUCUGUUGUUCGUUCUGAAUAUAACAUCUGCAAUAAGAUCUCAUACAACACUUAUUUGUCGAAUAUAAAAAGUCAACUACAAGUAAACCUUAAGUCUUUUUAUAAAUUUGUAAACUCUAAACGUCGGUCGAAUACUUUUCCAAAAGUUUUGAAAUUUGGAGCCAUCGAAGCGGAUGAUGACCUUUCCAUCAGCAAUAUGUUUGCAGACUUCUUUGCCACUACUUAUUCCCGGAAAACAUAUAAUAAAACUAAUGAGCCCUCCCAAAGCUUCUACGGAAAUAGCACGAUAUCUGUUCCAGUAACAACAUCUGGUACUGUACAGCAUUAUUUGAGGAAUAUGAAAUGUUCCUACAAUCCAGGUCCAGUUGGUAUCCCUAGCAAUAUUCUUAAGCACUGCGCAAAUUCCCUGUCCGGUGUUCUCUCAAUAUUGUUUAAUGAAUCUUUACGGAAACAAUAUUUCCCUCCAUUAUGGAAAAAUUCUUUCAUUAUACCCCUGUUUAAAAGUGGAUGUAAAUCUGAAGUCACCAACUACAGAGGAAUCGCAAAGCUUAGCGCUAUUCCGAAACUUCUUGAAAAAAUCAUCACUGACUCACAGUCUCAUCAAGUUUCUUCACUGUUAUCACGAUAUCAGCAUGGAUUUCGUAAAUCGUACUCAACUGAAACAAAUGUUUUGGAAUUAACUACAAUUGUAAACGAAGGAUUUAGAAAUCGUUUACAAACUGACGUUAUAUAUACUGAUUUUAGCAAGGCUUUUGAUAAGAGCUCUUCCCACAACAAUAUCAUCAUCAUCAUCAUCUACAUCGACAUUGUCUAUGUCAUAUUACGACCCUUGGCGCGUUAUGGCUUCGCUAGCUUUUGGUAG